CUUUCUCGCGUGAAAGUAACAGUAGCUGUUUCUCUGUCUCACUACAAUCCGACAUCGUUUUCGCGCGUGCUUAGAGUUAUGGCGGAAACAACUUCACCAUCUUCUUCUUCAUCUUCAUCUUCACCGGAUUGGAAAUGGAGACAGAGCAAGCUAUGGAAAGGCACAUUCGCCGUCACCGGAAUCAUGCUCACCCUCGUUACCUAUGGCGUCUUGCAGGAAAAGAUCAUGAGAGUGCCAUAUGGAGUGAACAAGGAUUACUUCAAAUAUUCUCUCUUUCUUGUUUUCUGCAACCGUAUCACAACCUCAGCUGUUUCUGCUGGUGCUUUACUGGCAAGUAAUAAAGCAUUGGAUCCAGUAGCUCCUAUUUAUACGUAUUGCCUUGUGUCAGUAUCAAACAUACUUACCACAACUUGUCAGUAUGAGGCUCUCAAAUAUGUCAGUUUCCCUGUUCAGACUCUUGCAAAAUGCGCUAAAAUGAUACCUGUUAUGGUUUGGGGCACUCUCAUAAUGCAGAAGAGAUACAAGGGACCUGACUAUUUAUUAGCCUUUUUAGUAACCCUUGGAUGCUCAGUAUUCAUUUUAUAUCCGGCAGGAACUGACAUGAGUCCAUAUGGAAGGGGAAGGGAAAAUACUGUUUGGGGUAUUCUCUUGAUGCUUGGUUAUCUUGGGUGUGAUGGCUUUACAAGCACAUUCCAAGAUAAGCUGUUCAGAGGCUAUGACAUGGAGAUACAUAAUCAGAUAUUCUAUACUACUUUGUGUUCUUGUAUUCUUAGCCUGACAGGUCUUAUCUUACAGGGACAUUUAUUACCAGCAGUUGAGUUUGUUUCUAGCCACAGUGAUUGCUUCUUUGACAUAGCAUUGCUUUCAACUGUUGCAACAGCUAGUCAAUUUUUUAUUUCCUACACAAUUCGUACUUUUGGUGCUCUAACAUUUGCUAUUAUAAUGACAACAAGACAGUUGGUGAGCAUUCUACUAUCAUGUGUGUGGUUUUCACAUCCUCUUAGCUGGGAACAAUGGAUUGGAGCGGUAAUUGUCUUUGGCUCCAUUUAUGUAAAAAGCUUCAUGAGGAAAGCACCUGAAAAAACAACCUCCUCUGUAGAACAAGUUCAAAAUGGAAUUUCGAGUAAUUCGAAGGAGAAUCCAUGACAGAGAUCAAUUCCUUUGGACACUUGAUACUAACUGUGUUGGUGGGGCUGCUUCAGUUUUAAGUUCAGCGCUGCACAUUCAAUAUUUCAGGUCGUGGAUAAUAGCAUUAUAUGCAGGUGGUUCGACAUAAAUCCAUACAACUUCAACUUCGUGUGGCAAUCAUAACAGUGUCGAACAUCAUAGGUUGAUAACACCUCAUUUUUUCCAUAGGUAUCAGUUUAGACUGAUCAAAGCUAAAAAAGCAAGGUUGCUUCUUGGUUUAGUUUUCCAGAAUUUGUUGAGUGAAAGACCAAAGGGUUGUGCUAAUUUUCUGGUCCUUCAUUCCUCAAUGCCAUAAGAGUUCGUAGAAAAAUUAAUUCCAUUGAAUGCUAAAGGGAUGUGAAUAUAAGUUUAACCAGAGAUACCAUUCCGGUUGGCAUAAAGCUAGUGAAGAUAUACAGUUUUGACUCUUUAUA